AUGCGCCAGCCAUAUGCUGCUUUGCCCUCAAACAAAAUGCUCAGCUCGCAGCCGGUUGGGCGGCUUAGCCUGGGAAAUUGCAGAGCAACGGUGCUGGUGCUGGGCGACCAGGGCGAUAAGAAGGAGAAAACGGGAGGAGGAGUUAGCGAGGUUUCUGUGAAGCUGAUCAGCCUGUACGGCAUCUUGCGAGGGGGUGUAUUUUCUCGCUUCUUCUCCAGCGGCCAUCCUGGGCUGAAGCUGUGGAACAAGUACAGAGUCUCCAACAUUCCUUCCCUGAUAUUUAUCGAUGCCUCCACCGGGAAGGUGGUUUGCAGGAAUGGCCUCCUGGUAAUCCGAGAUGACCCAGAAGGUCUGGAGUUCCCCUGGGGGCCAAAACCCUUCAGUGAAGUUGUUGCUGGGCCUCUGCUAAGGAACAAUGGCCAGACACUAGACAGCAAUGCCCUGGAGGGCUCACACGUUGGGGUCUAUUUCUCUGCGCACUGGUGCCCCCCGUGCCGAAGCCUCACAAGGGUCCUGGUGGAGUCCUAUCGGAAAAUCAAGGAGGCGGGCCAGAAAUUUGAGAUACUCUUUGUUAGUGCAGACAGGUCAGAGGACUCCUUCAAGCAGUAUUUCAGCGAGAUGCCCUGGGUAGCUGUGCCAUAUGCCGACGAGGCCAGACGGUCGCGCCUGAAUCGACUCUAUGGCAUACAAGGCAUCCCGACUCUCAUCGUCCUGGACUCCAAGGGAGACGUGAUCACGCGGCAAGGGCGGGUGGAGGUGCUGAACGACAUUGAAUGCCGCGAGUUCCCCUGGCAUCCCAAGCCCGUGUUGGAGCUGACGGACUCCAACGCCGUGCAGCUGAAUGAGGGCCCCUGCCUCGUGCUCUUUGUAGAUUCAGAGGAUGACGGAGAGUCAGAGGCAGCAAAACAACUGAUUCAGCCCAUAGCUGAAAAAAUCAUCGCCAAGUACAAAGCCAAAGAGGAGGAGGCACCGUUGCUCUUCUUCGUGGCGGGCGAG